AUGGCUGCUCCAACCACUUUGCCGGCAUUGCUGGCUUCUUUGACUCAGUCCUUAUCACUAACUCAAGAAGUCACCCCAAAAAUUGCCGCCAUCGAACCCCCUGCAGAUGGCAUUUCACUGCUCGAUGUGAAAAACGAGUUGCUCCUCUCGUACCUGCAAAACCUCGUCUUUCUAAUUCUCCUCAAACUCCGCAGUUCCAAGCCCGACCCUGAAAACAGCAGUCAGCUGGACGAAUCAGUUCGAGCUAAACUUGUUGAGCUGCGACUUUAUCUCGAGAAGGGCGCCCGGCCACUCGAGGAAAAGUUAAAGUUCUCCAUCGAACGAUUCUUGCGAACGGCGCAAGACGCCCAGCGCGAGCAGAAAGCAAAAGAACAACAAUCCAAUGCGGAUGAAGACGAGUCUGCAUCAGACUCUGCAUCAGAAGACCUGGAGUCCGACGCAGAGAGCGAAGCAGAUGAGCAGUCACAAGCCCGGAAAGGCAACAUGGGCGCAGCUCCCAACCUUGGAGCUAUGGUUGAUGAGGUUUCUACUAGCCGCGGCGGACGGGAAGACGGACCAGCAGGGGUCUACCGGCCGCCCAGGCGAGAUCGCAUUGUCAUGGAAUCGUCACGACCUCGUGAAAAGACUCAACGAAGGGCCCCCAUAUCACACACCAUGGAAGAGUUUGUCAAUGAUGAAUUAGCCACUGCUCCCAUGGCCGAACCCAGUAUUGGUACAACUAUUGUCCAGGGUGGUCGCAAGAUGAAAACCGCCUCAGAACGCAAGGAAGAGGCCGUGCGUCGCGAAUACGAAGAAACCAACUUCACCCGUCUUCCCAAAGAGAGCAAGAAGGACCGCGCUAAGAAGGCCAAGGCAGCUGGUCGCAGUGGUCGUAUGCAGUUUGGUGGCGAGGAAUGGCACAAUUUGGGAGAGGGAGUUGAUCGAAUCGAUCGCUUGACCAAACGCAAAGGGCCUCCCGGUGGCGGAGUACGUGCGAUGCUUGAGAAGAGCCGAAAGCGUGGUUUUGAUACAACAGAUGGCCCAAGAGGAAGUGGCCGCGGCGUAGAGAUCGGUGAGCGGUUCCAGAAGAGGGCAAAGAUGUUGGAAGCAGGUCGAAGACAUAGAGGCAAGAACAGGUAG